AUGAAUUGGGGUUUAAGCACAGAGGGUAAAGAGUAUACCUUUGAAGAAGAAAUGAGGGAUGGGGUUUUGGGCUUAGGAGAGAGUGUAAGGAAGGAAACGGCUAGGGUUCAAGAGAAAUAUGGAGUGAUGAUCGGGAUAACAUCGGACGACGAGUCAUCCGAGGAGUCGGAGGAUAAGGCACUACGGGUCAGGUGUGGGGUGGUGCCUUAUGCACAUUUAAUUUCAGAUUUAAUGGCAUAA